AUGCGUCUCCUCAGCAUUUCUCUACUUUUAGCAUUAUGUGCGAGUGCAAUAGCAGCAGAUUCUCCGGUGGGGAAAACCGAAUCACCUACGGAUACAUCAACCGAGGAGUUAGAAAAUGAUGGCCCGGCACCUACAGUAUUCAAUGGACAGGAGGUACCGCCGCUUCCAGAAAUCGAGGGAGAAAAGUUCAAUGAGACAGUGGCAGAAGGCUAUUGGUUUGUGAAGCAUUAUUCACCGUAUUGUCCACAUUGCAUCGAGAUUGCGCCCACAUGGCAGACCUUACACGAAUUCUACUACACCUCAAAACCCCUCCCUAGUAGCGAUGCAAGCAGCACGCCUACAUCAAUGAACACUUUUACGGCUUUUUACAAGUUCCAUUUCGGGUCCGUUGACUGUAUUGCAUAUGGAUCGCUUUGCUCUGCUCACAACGUUGGAGCCUUCCCAACAUUCAUUCUAUACAAAGAUGGCGAGGAAGUCAAGAGGUUUACUGGCGCUAAGAAGAUCAAACCAAUUAGUGAUUUUGUGGAGGAUACUUUAGAAGCUAUAAGACCAGGCUCGCGGCCAGCGGGGGGCCCCGAAUUGCCCCAACCUGGAGACAAGAAUACGAAGGACUUCCAAGCACCACCAGCAGCAGCAGUCUCAGCGACAGAGCCAGCUGCUACUAAAGCUGCGGAUGACGAGAACUCUAAAGCGGCCGCCUCAGCAAGCACUGGCGCUACCCCCGAGAAGACGAAAGCGGCUCUUAAGGCGACUCCGGUGAAGGGCAAGCCAAAAAAGACAAAGCCCACCUCCAAUCCGAACUCCCUUGGCAAGUCGAUCUCAUUUACAGCAGAGACGUUUCAGAGUGCUGUUACUAUGACCCAGGAUCCUUGGUUCAUCAAAUUCUAUGCUCCGUGGUGCGGACAUUGCCAGGCUAUGGCACCAAAUUGGAUCCAGCUAGCCAAAGAGUUCAAAGGGAAACUCAACAUCGGGGAGGUAAAUUGUGAUGUUGAGUCUCGACUUUGCAAAGACGCCCAUCUUCGAGGCUAUCCAACAAUUCUUUUCUUCCAAGGAGGGGAGCGUGUUGAGUAUGAAGGUCUCCGAGGACUUGGUGAUUUCAUUUCCUAUGCCAACAAAGCAAUUGAUAUUAGUGACGGAGUGAAGGACGUGGAUGCAGUUGAGUUCAAGGAAUUGGAAGAGAAGGAGGAAGUCAUUUUCGUCUACUUCUACGAUCACGCAACUACUAGUGAGGAUUUUGCUGCUCUUGAGCGGCUGACAUUAAGCUUGAUUGGGCAUGCGAAACUCGUAAAGACCAACAGCGCUGCAUUGGCCGAGCGAUUUAAGAUUACUACGUGGCCGAGACUUCUGGUGUCAAGAGACGGCCGUCCAACUUACUACACCGCCCUCGCGCCUCAGGACAUGCGCGACUUCCGCCAAGUCCUUCACUGGAUGCAGUCUGUUUGGCUUCCAAUUGUUCCAGAACUCACUGCAUCGAACUCGCGGGAGAUCAUGGAUGGUAAAUUGGUUGUCCUCGGUAUACUAACCCGUGAAAGACCAGAUGCUUUCGCAGCUGCCAAGAAAGAGAUCAAGAGCGCUGCUCUGGAAUGGAUGGACAAGCAGACGACUGCCUUCCAACGUGAGCGACAGGAAUUGAGAGAUGCUAAGCAAUUGCGAAUUGAAGAGGCAGAAGAUCGAAAUGAUCAACGAGCUCUCAGAGCCGCAAAGAGCAUUCGCAUCAACAUGGACAAAUCCGAGCAGAAGGAGGUCGGAUUCGCAUGGGUUGAUGGUGUCUUCUGGGAAAGAUGGGUACGAUCUACGUACGGUAUUGACGUGUCUAAGGACGGCGAGAAAGUCAUUAUCAACGAUGAAGACCAACGAAGAUACUGGGAUACCACCAUCAGCGGGAACUUCAUCAUGGCCUCGCGUACCUCAAUCCUAGAGACCAUUGGCAAAGUCUCUGUUUCACCUCCUAAAAUCAAACCUAAAACUACCAUCUCAUCAUUUGAGAAAUUCUUCUUUGAUAUUAGGCAUGCUAUUUCAGGACACCCUUUCCUUUCAAUAGGUGUGCUUGCGGGUGUUUUACUGGGCGUGUUAGUGUAUGGAAGAAGACAUCGCCGACAAAGAGGUGGAUUCUUUAGACUGGACGAGAAGGAUGGGUUGUUGGGCGCUAACGGGGCCGGAAAGGUUGAUUAG